AAAGGUAUGAUGACUCCAUCUCUUCACAACCUCCACAGCACAGUGAUGAUACUGUGACACCGGAAAGGCAUUCCUCGACCUGAAUAUACGAUGUCGAUUUUGUCAAAACUUAAGUUUCAGCCUUGUCUGAUUGUGCUCAUACCAUUUCAACCAAUUGUCGUGCGCGCCUCUUGGACCAUGCUAACGUUGCAACGUAUAGGUACAAUACUCUCGUCCGCUACAACUACCCUCGCUUUCCUGAUGAAACAUCUCCGAUGCAACGGGCGGACAGAUUGCGCUCUUCGACCGGCACUCGUUUACAACAGGACGUACAAACCUGUGGGUGUUCGGGAGUGGGGUUGCUUGUUGAUAACGCAUCUUCUGAUCGCCAUAACAUCACAUACUUUCUCGACGUCCUAUGUGGGUAUGAAGCUAACUGUGGCUUCAGGUAUGCCGAAUUCCUUGUUUCGUGUGGUGCUCCAUCUUUUCAUGAUGAUACUUCGAUAUUCACACUGUGUGAGCGGUUUCUGCCGUUUUGAUCUUACUAAAAAAAAUCUGAUUUAAUGAGGUAAGUCGGAACUCAAAGUCUCAGCAUCGGCGUCUACUAACUUGAAGCAGGCUGAUCUCAGAUGGAGACACUUUUACCUGUCCAAACAGGACCAACGCGUUACUUUGCAGUUCAUAGCUGACCACAGUCUUACGCAGAUCCCCAUUCGCCCUACGUGAUGUUAGACCGCUGAACUGCCCGGAUGGUACGUAAAUUCAUCUCACAUCUGCAACCCCUUUCACCUGAUGAACAACCUUAUUUCGCUGUGUU